AUGGAAGACUGCAAUAAUUCUCUCCCAAACGAUCAUUACUACCCGGUCAUUAUUAUCGGAGCUGGGAUAUCCGGUAUCGCUUCUGCGUGUCAACUGCAACGCAAAUUUGGAUGCAACCAGUUUAUGAUCUUCGAGAGUCAGGACGGAAUCGGGGGAACAUGGUGGAAUCAUCGUUACCCUGGGGUGGCCACUGAUUCACCUUCGCCACUUUAUUCCUACUCUUUCGCUCCUCUGCCGAGCUUUGCAGGUCCCAGGGCGACUGGUAAGGAAAUGUAUCAAUAUCUACAUACAGUUUGCACACAGCAUGGGAUCCUCAACAGAAUCCAACUCAGCACCGAUGUCACCGAUCUCAUCUGGGACGAUAGUGAAAAACAAUGGAUUGCUAGCAUUGUCACCGCCAAAAAGCGAACUCGUGUCCGUGCAAAGAUCGUCAUCAGCGCAGUGGGCAAAUUUGGGAGUCCCGACAUAUCGAUGCUGCAGUCUAUUCUAGGCAUAGACACUUUCCGCGGUCGUAUAAUGCAUACUGCACAGUGGGAUAGCUCUGUAACCUUGCGUGGGAAAGAUAUCACAGUUAUAGGUGCCGGAUGCAGUGCCGCGCAGCUUGUGCCGAAACUGCUCGCCUCGAGCGAGAUCCAGCCAAGAUCUGUCACGCAAAUCAUCCGAUCCCCUCAUUGGGUCACUCCAGAUCCCUACUCGGGUGAAUUACGUCGUUUCUGGAAUCUAUGCAUGCCCGUAAUUGUCAGUUGCAGGCUAGGCGCCUGGAUGGCGCGCUCGGUGCUGUUCAUCCUCUAUGAGUUGUUUUAUUUUCUUUUCUACCGGCCCUUUUCAAACAGAAGUCAGUUUCAAAAACGGUUUCAACGAAGGCUUACUAGCUAUAUUGAUCGGAAGGUUCCGGAAGAAUAUAAAAGCAUGCUCACGCCAAGAUACACAGUUGGAUGUAAGAGGGUGAUUCUUGACCCUGGUUGGUAUGACACGCUCAAAGACCCGAGGUUUAGUCUUCACGUUUCACGGUUGAAACGGUUCGAGGAGAAUUGUUUAGUCCUCGGUACGGGCAAAAAAGAAACCAAAGUUUUCACUGAUGUUUUGUUGCUCGCCACGGGGUAUAGCCCAACCUCAAACUUCCUCUCGUCCAUCAGCAUGACGGGUCGAGAUGGAAUCGAUCUCCAGAAGAUAUGGAAUGCGCGGGGAGGACCUCAAGCAUAUCUGGGGCUUGCAAUGGACCAGUUUCCCAACCUCUUUUUUAUAUCUGGUCCAAAUUCAUCGGUUAGCCACGGGAGUGUCAUGGCCGGCAUCGAAAACUCCGUCUGCUACAUCAUGCAGCUCCUUGGCCCUGUACUAGAAGGUCAAGUUGCGUCCUUGGAGGUCAAGAAGGACGCAUGUUGCACCUGGACACAGAAAGUCCAGCUAGCGUCGAAAGACUCUAUCUGGGUAAAGGGGGGUUGCAGUAAUUGGUACAUUGAUGGACGAGGAUGGAACUCGAUGAUUUACCCGUACGUACCAAUCCAUUGUUGUAUACAAAGGUCUCAAUUCUGA